AGUACCUGGUGCCGGCCGAUGUGUGAGAGCGGCGGCCGGACCGGGACGAUGCAGUCACUGUUGGCGUGUGGCCGCCUUGUGGCCCGUGCACUGCUCGGGGGCGGCCUCCAGCGGACGGACAGGCGGGAGUACCGGCUCAUCACCGUCGGCUGCGGCUUCGGCAAAGACCGCUGCAAGGGCCUGGGCUACGGGGAUGAUGCCUGUUUCGUGGCCAGCCACAGGCUGGCGGACGUGUUGGGAGUUGCAGAUGGUGUUGGAGGAUGGUGGGAUUAUGGUGUGGAUCCAUCUCAGUUUUCCACUACGCUGAUGCAAACUUGUGAGCGGCUUGUUCAAGAAGGACUGUUUGUUCCCAGUAACCCAGUGGGCAUCCUGAUGGCCAGUUACAAAGAAAUGCUUCAGAAUAAGGUUCCAUUGUUGGGUAGCAGUACUGCUUGUCUUGUAAUUCUGGACAGAGAGAAACGCUGUUUGUACACAGCUAAUUUGGGAGACUCUGGCUUUCUCAUAGUGCGCGAUGGGAGGAUCAUACAUAGAUCAGAUGAACAGCAGCAUUACUUCAACACUCCCUUUCAGCUAGCAAUCCCGCCCCCCGAGGCCCAAGGUUCAAUUCUCAAUGACAGCCCUGAAACGGCAGAAGAUUCCACAUUCAAUGUAGAAGUGGGUGAUAUCAUUCUUACAGCAACAGAUGGGCUUUUUGACAAUAUGCCUGACUACAUGAUCUUGCAGCAACUAAGACAGCUGAAGGAUUCUAAUUAUGAGAGCAUGAAAGAAACAGUGCAGAACAUAGCAGAACAGGCCCAGCAACUGGCAUAUGAUCCAAACUACAUGUCCCCUUUUGCAGAACGUGCCUGUGAGAAUGGGUUCAAUGUCCAAGGUGGCAAACCCGAUGACAUCACUGUGCUAUUAUCAGUAGUGACUGAAAGCAAAGAAUGAAGAGGAAAGUUUUGCCUCAUUGGCCACAAGUGCCCAGCUGACACACCUUUAGAAGUGGCUCCCCAAUCUCUGCUGUGAGAAUCCCAUCUCUCUUGUGGGCAUCCUACUGGAGACUGUUCUCAGAUUACCAACUUUUAAGGCUAUUUUUGAACUAUUGGGUGAACAAAUUCUAAUUAGUUCCAGUCAUUUGAAAACAGUUACAUUUGUUCUUUACUGCUUUUUGCAUCCUAUGAAAUGUGUAAAACAGCUUGUCUCUAAAAUCUGUACCCCUUGCAUUAACCUCAUCCAAACAUCUUUUAAUCGCACAAUGGUAAUGCCAAUUAUUGUCCUUGAUGACAAAUGAGUCCUAGAAAUCCAGUCUGCUAAAAGAUGUGUUCUUUUAAAAAAUAUUUUGCACUCUUGAAUCACAUUAACUCACUAAAUCGCAUUUGGGAAAAAUCCAAGUGGCUUUGUUUUAAAUAUGGAUUGGGAUGAGAUGCAUUAUCUAGGGUGCUUAUUCUAUUUCGCUAAUAUCCUUUGUUCUGGGUGGACUGGAGCAUUAGUUUUUGGCCCAGUCUCUUUGGGAGAGGAGAUGUCUGAGAACAGAUCCGGUCUCAGUACUAUGGAAGAUAAUGAGUGAAAGCAGUGUGGAGUACAGUUCUAAUAUGAGGUGGUGAUGAAACAUGCACAACUCAUUAGAUCCUGACAGGGAGCUAAACAUUGCCUAAAAACCCACCCUACUAAAAAAACAGCCUGGGUUGCCCACCCCCCAUUACUCUUCCCAAAUAAGUGUACUAUGACAACUUAGACCUCUAAGCAAUGGAUUCUUUUGUUUCUUGAAUUGUUUGUGAGCAAUCUAUAUAAAUUUCAGUGAGGUGAACCCUCUGCUCAUUGGCAAUUAUUGUUACAAAAGCCUUAUGUGAACAGCCUGGAGAGCAGUCGACAAAAUUGUUGCAUCCAGAAUCAGUAAUAUUUCCAAGACAAAGAAGUUCUCCUUGAACAUGCUCUGAGCUUGUACUGAUGUGUACAGCAGGCAGUUUGCUCCAUGUCAGUGUUACACUGCAGAGUAAAGUAUGCAGCAGCGAGAAGGAAGGUCUUUGGAGUGUGAUGCUUGGUUAAUCUAAUUGUAGAACUGAGCUAGACCAGCAUUUGGUUUUAAUGGUUAAUUUUUGUAAUGGUUAAUUUUUUAAUUUUUAAUGGUUAAUGGUUAAUCAUAUUCUAAAAAUACAAAUGAUUAGAUUUAGUUCCAAACGUUUUUUUUGGAGAGUUGUUGUAAAGGAAUUAUACUGUUAAAACUCUUCCACAGCUGGUUGUUGCCUUGACAAUCUUUUUUUUUAAGGACAUAAAAUGAGCAGAAGCCACUUGAUGAUUUUUGUGACCAACAUUUACAUUGAUGUUGUUAUCACAGUUUCAGUUUGUUAUUAAUUCUUCCAUCACUGCCAAAUGCUCUCCUGGAUCAGGGUAACUGUACAUGUAAUGAUGGAUGGAGUGGGGUUGGUCAGACUCUCUGCUCAGUUCACCUUUUUCUCCUAAGUAAAUAUGAAAAGUCCACUGAGAAUAUAUGCUGGACUACCUGUUGGACACGGCCCAUUCUUUGGCUGUUCACUGGCACCAAGGGUGUUUUUCUCUUGGUCUGUGUUGGUUUACCAGCAAUUACACUGAACACAGAGCUGGGAGAAACUUAUAUAUUAGAAUUUAGAGAACAUUUCAGAAUCAUAAACCUUUGCAAAGUAUGAGGAGGCCAUUAAAAAGCAUAAAUGUAACAGGUGCUGGAAAUCUGAAGUGAAGCCCAAAAUGUUAGAAGUACUUAACAGGGAAAGUAGCCUUUUAGGGAGAGGAGGGAAGGAAAGGGAGAGCUAAUGCCUCAUAAUGAUCUAUCCAAGAAUUUGGAGAAGUUGGAAAUUAAAUGUUUUAAGGUACAAAGAAUGGACAGGGCCAGGUCUGAAAUCAUAGUCCUGUAGGACAGGUGGAAUGUGAGAUCCUGUUCUAUGAGCUUUGUAGCACAGUGUGAGAUGGAAGUAAAAGUGGCAGGUCACUGGGAUUCCUGUGCAGACAGAAUAAAGGUGCUCUGUAAAGCAAUAGUUUUAGUAACUCUUGAAUUCUAAUACCCUAGAUAUUUCAUCCCUUCAUAUUUCUCUUGGUCUGUGUAAUGCCUUCAUGACCACUUCUGAUCUUCCUCUCUGUCUGUUCCUAAUGACUUGCCUUCAGCCAAGGUGUCAGUUUCAACUCCUUAAGUCUCCAUCUCAGUAAAUUCUGGGCCUGAUGUGAAGCUGAGCUCUAACACUGCCUCUACAUCCAUUUCUUCAGACUGUGGGCCUUUUCUGCUAUUUCUGCAAUUCUUGAUCCAACUGAAUCCCUCCUCCCGGCCUCUAAUUAUUCUAGAUCUCUUCAUCAGUAACUGCUGGCGUAAUAUUAACUUUUUCCCUCUACAUAUAUUCCUCUAACCUACUUGUUGUGCCACAUUCUCUGAAGAGAGCCCCUAAUUCUGCUGCUGAAGGUGGUGCUUUCAUUGUUUGUCUACUUACCAGCUAUCCUGCACAACCUUAUACUUCUGCCUGAGCCAUGACCACUGAGUCAAAAUUGUUUCCCAGACUAUUACUGAGCUUAUUUUCUUGAAAUCCUCCCUCAACGAAUUCCAGUUUCAUGAUUUUCCAAUUCCCCACUCUGUAGUUCUACCUCUUUCCCGAGAUCGCCAAUCAGGGGAAGUGUUCAGCAGCUUAUUGUAAUUAUUGGUAUAGGAUAGAGUAAAGCUAUCCUAUUGAAAUAAAGCUCUUGCAGACAAAGAGCUGCUGAGAUGGUUUUCAGAAAAAGUUGCACCAAAGAAGUUCAGCAUUUUGUGGCUUUUCAAGAAUUGCAAUAUAUGUACAUUAUCUUAAAAUUGUCACAGGCUGCUUGUGGAUGCCUGUCAUUUUAUGGCUCUGCAAUUCGUCUGCAGUCUUAAAGGAGCUAAAGGGUUCAGGUUCACAUAGUCUCUCAGUGCACAUUGGAAGCUGGAGAGCUUGUACAAUAUUAUUUGGUCUUUCAUCCUUCCUGAAAAGGCAAAAUUUUUAUUUACUGUGUUGAGUCAACGUGUAUUUUUCAACUUUUAACCAGUUUAUCUGCUCUUCAGCAGCAUAUAAUAUAGAAACCCCGGAAGAUACAAGGGAAGUAUUUUUAUAUGAAGGCAAGAAAUACAAUUAAAGUAGUUACUGUAAAUAUUUUGAUCUGGGAAUUUAGAACUACAGUUUAGUUCAGUGGGAUAAAUAAGAUGAAAGCUUGAGGGAAAAGUCGGCAGGCUUUGUGCUGCACUGGCAUUGUGACUAUUUCACAUAUUUCUCUGCUCCCCAUUGGAGAAGGAUGCAAGGUGUAACUUGGCUUAAGAUUUGAUUUUUUUUCUCUCUGUAAAGAGCUGCUGCUGUUGAAUUGAGCCAUUGAUAUUUCUGCAGGAAUAUGUCUGUGAUUCUCUGUAUAUAAUUUAUUUGUUUAUGACAGACACAUGCACUACCUACAUAGAUUUAUACAGGUGCUUUUCAGGUUUGGUUCUGCUGUAAUCUUCAGUUUUAAAAAGAAAAAUCUAAGUUUUCUUCAUUUAUUUUAUUUAGUCUGCAGUGAUAGUUUCUAAAGAGUCAGAUAUCUUUAGACAAUGACGGAAACAGUGCACUUGAAAACUUUAGAACAUCUCUUAAUCUUAUAGAUUUUAAAUGUUUUAAUUGAAGUAUGUGAGGCCAUUCAUUUUAUUUAUAUUCUGUAAUGUCAGCAGCUGUUAUAAUGCAUGGAUUAACUAUGGACUCUGGUGAGAAAAAGGAUCUAGUGCUCUCCGGUUUAUAUGAUGAAUAAACCCUUCUUGGGCUUCCAGCCAGGUAUAGGUAUCGAGAUCUAACUGAUGAACUCUGCCAUCUUCUUCAGGGAUGAUAGCUGGAUAUGUCUAGUCCGCUGGUACUUACACACCCAUGGUCCGUCCCUGCUGAUUGAUUAGUCCUCAUCCAAUCAGGUUCUGCUCUCCCCUUUGAUUACAAUGGAAUUUCAGUUGUUACUUAGAGCAAGUCCUUUGUCUUUGGCAAAAUUCUUUUUCUCUAGUUUUAUUUCAAUAGCUUCCUUUACCAGGUGGUCCCAAAAGCCAUUGGUGCUGCAUAGUAGUUUCUGUACCAUCAAAGCCCCAGAAGAGUUUAUUCGUAUGGACACUGUAUUUAGAUCCAAUCCAUCGUUUUCUGUAACAGAAAAUAAAAAUUUGUCCUUUUUUUAUUCCUACUGAACUCUCUAGGAGAAAUUGGAUAAGAAACAGAACAACAUCAGAAAUCUGAUAUGUAAAAAGAAUCUGUUUAGUAGCAUAAAUAAUAGAUGAUGCACAAAAUUUAAACUCAGAAGCUUUAUUGAAAAAAAAUUAUCUUGUUCAUUUUAAUAUGAAUAAGAACAAUCAACUAUAUCCCUAGUAUCAUUUACUAUUGAGCUCCUAUGUCCUUUCAUCAACCCCUCUUCUGUAUGUCCGUCAUUUUCUCACCCCAACUGCGUGUAUGUCUCCCUUACAGACUUAUCGCUGUCUCUGUCCCAUUUCCACUGCAAUCUUCUCAUGGAUGAUCAGCCAUGAUCAUAAUAAAUGGCGGUGCAGGCUCGAAAGGCCGAAUGGCCUACUCCUGCACCUAUUUUCUAUGUUUCUCGAUCUAAUUGUCCUCCUGCCAAGGAACUCCCCUUUUGUUCCUUCAUCUUCCUUGGUUGCCUAGUCCUUUUCUUUCUUUCUUUCCUUUUACCCAUUACCUCUUUUCUGCUAUUAGAAAUGACAAAUAGAUGUUUAUUAUAUUCCUUCAGUACAAAGCCCAAAGUUGUGUGUUUUAGUGCAAGUUACAGUUUUCUUAUCCUGUUCUUAUACUAAAUUGAAACUCAGAUCCACUAACCAUUUCAGAGCUAUGUACCUUCAGUUAAUUGAAGCUGAUAUUUUUAUUGUAUGUUGGGUUUUCUUACUUGCUGUUGAGAUUUUUUAAUUCUGAUGCCGUAUAUCUAUGGAUGCUGAAAAACUCUGAGUCUUAUCCAAUAAUUCUAGUUAGAAUUCAUUAAUAUAAUUACCAAAAGAAUAAAAUUGCUCCAACUUUUAUAUUUAAUUUUCUCUUAUUGUGCCAAAUUAUUUUAAUUGAGUGCAUGCUGUGGACUGCGGACAGCCAUGAACUGCCUGCUUUUGGGACCAAACUAUUGCUUUUCUGUAGACUUUUCUAGAACUUGGUUUUCAGGUUUCCUCAUCCAGCGGGAAAUUUGAAGGAGUCACAUCCAUUACUAGAUAUGUCGAUGUAGAUAUGGAGAUGAAUUUGAACUGUAUUGGCUCUUUCGAUGAAUAAUGAGAUGUCUUGUGCUUACCUGGUUUGUGCUUCUGAUGUCUGUAAUAUUGUGUCAUUUAAAAGCUAUGAAAGUUAAAAUGGAUUCAGAAGAUGGGAAAUUUGUUGCUAAAAUGUGUGUAUGUGCAAGUCCUGAACACCAGUUGUACCAUUGGGAACUACUGUCACAACUGUGGUCUGCAACUCUAUACUUUUUAAACAUUUGAGAUAUUCUUUGUGAAACAGAGGUAGAAUUAGUUGAGUCUUCCAGCAGGCAGGACUCUGAAUCAAGGACCAAAUAUUUCAUAGUGAUCAAAAAUGUAACCUCCUACCUGAUCUUGCAGAGUACUUAAAAAGAUUUUAUUAAGCCAAAGGUUUGCUUAACGGCAGUUUGCAGAGUCAUGAACAGCCCUCAAUCUGGUGUAUUCAUGCGAAAAAUGAUCAUAUUUGUAAAAUAUUGUGGUUUCAUUCACCAUAUAACUGGACAUAAUGUUGGGUUACUGUGUUCCAUAUUUCAUAUCUGCAACAAAACCAAACUCUGAAAAGCUCCAGUGGUAACAGGUAAACAGGUAAACACCUGUUUUUUUGGGUGCAGUUAUCUUUGUGCAUAAUGACUUAUGGAAAGAACUUGUUGAAUUACAUUGUUUGUCUUUAUUUGUAAUUUGAAAGUCAAGUUAAUUUUUCUUUGUAUCCAAUAUUGUAAAAUUUAGGUUUGUUGAAAUUGUUGAAGUUUGACAUUCAUAACUUAUAAACUGUAAGUCUAAUAAUAAUCUUUAUUUAUUUAAACAUGGUGUGUUUUGCUUUUAUCCAAAUUAAUGUCAUUCAAUGUAAGAUUCUACUGCCCAAGUACAGGGAGAGAGUAAAAGGAAACAAUCAGGACUUUGGGUGCAUUGAAAUUUACCCUGGGAACAGUCAGCCUUUGAGACUCUUCCAUUACUCAGCUAGAAUGUACCUGUUGUUAAUGUUGACCGAGGGCACAGAAACAGCUCACCAUGCUCAUGACAACUUCUUCUUUUCCUUGUACAUAUCUCUUCAAAUCAUAACAACUUAGGUAACAAAAAUCAGUUCCUAAUUUCAAGUGAAUAGUUAUUUGCAGUUUGAGGAAGAACCUCCAGUCUCCUGUGUACCUGUGUUCCAAACUUCACUGCUGAAGGGCUUUGGACUAACUUUGGGACUUCAACCACAAGUGUUUAAAAAUGAACCACUCACCCCUUAAAUUUCUAAAUUCCCCAAGUCCUCAUUCAUAUAAGUACUAUGCAAAAGUCUUAGGGAGCCUAAUUUUUUUAUAUAAUUUUGUUUCAGUUGUUUAUUUUUUGUCUUCUACAUUAGUGUGUCAGUAGAAAAGAUGAAGUUUUAGAUUUCCAAAUAUUUGUUUUCCAAAAAAAUUAAUGGUACAGAGAAAUAUUUGUAUUUUGUUAAAGUAACCAUAUGUAAG